GCAUAGAUACAAAGAUGGCGACUGGGCGUGUUGGCGUAGUCGAGCUGAAGAAACGCUGCUUACCAAGGAUCUGCGUGGGUGCCCUGUCCAAGGAACAUGUCAUCUUUUCGAAGAUGCUUCACAGAGCAAAGAACCAACAGCGCCACGACCUGUCCUUCCAGAAAAUGACCGGGGUAUCCAGGAAAGUGAAGAAAUACUUGGCAACGGUGAAUCUACAACAGAAAUUGAGAUUGUUGAUAAAAGAGUUAUUCAGUGUAAAUGUGAGUCAUCCAGUGGGUAUGUUGGAGACUGUGGAGGCAUUUUUCCAGCAACUAUUGGAGUCGUCCAUAUUCACUGCUGAUCUUCUAGAGUUUAUUGAGGAGACUUGGAGGGAAGUGAACCAGAGAUUGACAAAAGCACUCUUUAUUUCCCUGAACACUGUCAUGCUUGCCAGCCUCAGUAGAUUAUGGGUCUGCUUGAGGUACCACUUGCUUGGUAUUGCAGAGACGUAUUCAGUACUAAAAAGUACAGUACCUCAGGCUAAGACGCCAGUAUCACACGUGGUGUCAGUCUUGAAACAGUCCCAAAGUAGAUACCUGGGAACUUCGGCCCUACGUCACCUCCGACCACCACCAAAACUACCCAUUGAACCCAGUCCGAGGUCUGAUGAGAAUGGGGCAACAACAUUGAUGUGUUUGUGUGUCUUUAUGUGUGUGUCCUUUGUUUCUUUAGCAUGCUGCAAUCUAGUGGUAAUCUCCCGAGCAAUUCUGUUAUUCUCACGGACGAUACUGGAGUUGCUGUGACACUGUCUGAAGAAGAGAUGCUGGCGAGAGCAAGAGACUUCCAAACCUCCUCGAAUACAGGACCCUCUAAAUCUUCAAUCCUUGGGGCACCAUCAUCUGAGCUACAAUCCCCCAGUAUAUCUUCCACCAGUGGAGGCCCAGGAACAACUACUAUGAACAGCAAGACUAAGGAGACUGGCAAUGAGACUGCCAAAACUAAAAAGAAUAGAAAGAGAAAGAAGUGGCAAAAAUUACUUCACGCAAAAAGACUCCUAAAAAAGCCACCAUCAAAUAAGAAGAACCAGUUUACACACAACGAGAAGUCCUCACAGCAAAAGAAGGCAUCUUCAACUGCUGUAUCAUCGUUGGUGCAAACUUCGAAAGCUCCUGGGUGCAGUAUUGACUCGGGAAAGGGGGCACCGUGUGAAAGCUCAGCACCAGUGGAAACAGUAGCCUCACAGACAUUAACCCCAUCUGCUAGUGAACCGUCAAAUCCUACCAAAACUGUAUCGUCAAAUGCUACUGAAACAUCGUUAUCAAAGGCAGACAAGAAAGAAUGUCCAGAGCAAAACAAGAAGAAACGAAAGCAUAAGUCUAAGUGGAAACCCAAGAGACUGCAAAAGCGGAGAGACGUGUCUGAUUCUCCGCAACGUGGUGGGUUCAGACUGGCCGUUGUCAGGAAGAAUGGAAUGGACAAACUGAUCUUUGGUACGCAAACGUUGCCAGCAAUACAAGCCAAGAAAAAGGCUGCACGGGAAAAGAAGAAAAUUGCAAAAACUGCAUCAGCGUCCCCUAAGCUAAGUACUCCAACCUUUAGCAACGGACCUCCAGCAUCAGAGAAAACCAAAAAGCCCCUUCUUUCGGGCAGCCUGCUCUCGCUUACUGCAAUGGCCACCUCUACUCCCGUCCAGAACUCUCCUCUGAUCUGUAGCAGUCGGACCCAUCCACCUUCCGACCAAUGGACCCCUCUUGGUUCAGGCCUUCUCCCAACACCUUCAUUUUCCUCUCUGAAAACCUCGCCCUCUACCAAUCAGGAGACUCCCACUGCUGGAAGCUCCAGAGCACUCUACACUUCAUUCAGUAGCACUGCUCGUGGCUCUUCUAGCAACGGGAUUCCUGCCAAAAAUCCAACCAGUGAAAGUGUGGACGAUAUUGACAAAAUAUUUUCACAUCUAUCC